UUCGUUUUUCCGCCCGCUGCCGCUUCUUCAGCUAUAGCGUGGGUCUUCAUCGUGGUCUCGUCGGUCGAUAAAACACGGGGUAGACGUUCAAUUGGGAGGUCAGAUUUUCAAGUUUGAAGAAGUGGUGUGACUCAUCAGCACCAGCCAUGUUACGUGCCAACCGCCUCAAACUAGCCCAGCAACUACUGCGGGCCUCGGCUUCUCCGAAGCAGUGGCGGCACCUUAGCAGUAAAGGGGACAAGCCGGUCAUGGCCAUCCGGCGAGAGGACUAUGGGUCACAGUGGGAACGUAGGGCCCCCCUCAACCCUCUGCAGGUCAAGUCAUUUGUAGACAAUGGGGUCAAGGUCUUGGUUGCCCCUUCCAACAGGAGGGCCUACACCAUGGAGGAUUACUCCAAGGCAGGUGCCGUCAUCCAGGAAGACCUGAGCGAGGCCUCCCUCAUCCUGGGGGUCAAGCAGGUCCCCAUCGAGCGUCUGCUGGCCGACAAGACCUACUGCUUCUUCUCCCACACCAUCAAGGCCCAGAGUGAGAACAUGCCUCUCCUUGAUGCCAUCCUGGAGAAGAACGUUCGUUUGAUUGAUUACGAGAAGCUUGUCGAUGAGAACGGGAAACGGUUGGUGGCAUUUGGGAAGUUUGCCGGCAUUGCUGGAAUGUUGAACAUCUUGCACGGCAUCGGGCUGAGACUGCUCGCCCUGGGGCACCAUACUCCAUUUAUUCACAUAGCAGCGGCACACAACUACCGUAACACAGGCAUGGCCAUGCAAGCUGUGCGAGAUGCUGGCUAUCGCAUUGCUUUAGGGGAGCUCCCUCACUCCAUAGGGCCACUGUCCUUUGUCUUCAUGGGUUCCGGCAAUGUUUCACAGGGUGCACAGGAAGUGAUAGCAGAUCUCCCCGUGGAGUAUGUUGAAGCAAAAGACUUGAGGAGUGCUGUGGAGAAAGGAGAUCACAGAAAGGUGUACGCCACAGUAGUUCACAGGAAAGACCACAUAGUACGGAGAGAUGGAACUGCCUUUGACAAGGACGAGUAUGACGGACACCCAGACUUGUACCGUUCCACAUUCAGUGAAAAAAUUGCCCCCUGGGCUUCGUGCAUCAUCAAUGGCAUCUUCUGGAACAUUGGCCACCCGCGCUUCCUGACCAACAUGGACACCAAGACGCUGCUUAGCCCUGAGAUGAGCCCCGUGGCCCCUGAGGCGCCGGGCUGCCCCCGGCUGCCCCACCGUCUGCUGGCCAUCUGCGACAUCACGGCCGACCCAGGGGGCUCCAUCGAGUUCAUCGAGGAGUGCAGCAGCAUCGAGAGCCCCUUUGACCUCUACGAUGCCAACCACAAGCACCAGCACUUCAUGAGUCAAAGGACAAGGUUUUCCGGCGAUGGUGUUCUGGUGUGUUCCAUCGAUAACAUGCCAGCCCAGUUACCUAGAGAGGCAACUGACUUUUUUGGCAACCUCUUGCAACCAUGGGUACCCGAAAUGCUAAAAUCAGACGCCAAGAAGCCAUUUGAAGAGGAGAAGCUUUCCCGAGUCAUUACAGAUGCCAUUAUAGCAUCCAAUGGGAAACUUACUCCAAAAUUUGAAUACAUCCAACAGCUGCGAGAAGUUACCAUGCCGAAAGAGGAGUCACCUCAUGUAGUGGUCCCGUCCUCAUUCGGUGCAGAAAAACAGAGGGUUUUGCUGAUGGGUUCUGGCCACAUGGCUGAGCCCAUUGUAGAAUACCUGACAAGGAAUGGCGGAGUUGCAGUUACGAUAGCAUCUGCUGACAAGCCUGAGGCAGACGCUCUGGCCGCCAAGUACGACGGCACCAACUCGCUCUACCUGAAUGUUGCCAGGCACACAGACCAGACAGAAAAGGCCGUUCAGGAGCAUGAUAUUGUUAUCAGUAUGCUGCCAUACAAGCUCCACCCCCAAGUGGCCGAGAAGUGUGUGGCCUACAAGAAGAACAUGGUGACUGCCAGCUAUGCCAGCCCUGAGAUGAGAGCCCUUCAGCAGGGUGCAUUGGAUGCUGGUGUCACAUUACUCAACGAGAUUGGCUUAGACCCCGGCAUUGACCACAUGCUAGCCAUGGAAUGCUUCCACAAUGCCAAAGCAGAAGGUGGCAAGGUCCGGUUCUUUGAUUCAUGGUGUGGUGGCCUACCUGCUCCUGAACAUUCUGAGAAUCCACUGCGUUAUAAAUUCAAUUGGAGUGCUACUGCCUCAGUGGGGGCCAUCAUGAGAGACGCCAAGUACCUGCAGAACGGAGAGGAGGUAUUCAUCCCUCCUGGCAUGCUGAUGCACGAGAGCAACGUCCAGGAGAUCAACUUUUUGCCGGGCUUCCACCUGGAGGGCUACUUCAACCGCGACUCCACCAACUAUGUCUUUGCCUACGGCAUCCCCACGGCGCACACCGUCAGGCGGGGAACGCUCCGAUACAAGGGUUUCUGCAAAACAGUAACCAGCUUCCCCAAGCUUGGGCUUGUAGAUGACAAGCUACACCCGGCCUUGGUUGAUGGUGCGCCAGACAUCACUUGGCAUGAGCUCAUGUGCAAGGUGCUGGGAUGCGACACACAGACCAGCACAAGCCGUCUAGAGAGCAUCAUAUAUGACAGACUAGGACAAGAUGAGGAGAGACUCAAUGCAGUUCUACAAUUGGGAUUGCUGUCGGACACAGUAGUCAACAAGCAGAACUCCCUGUUGGACACACUGUCCACAUACCUCAGUCACACACUAGCCUAUGAGAAUGGGGAACGUGAUCUGGUUAUCAUGAAGCACCGCAUCGGUGUAGAGUGGCCUAACAAAAUAACCAGCACCGAGGAGAUCAGCCUGACCGUCUACGGCGAUGCCUACGGGUACUCUGCCAUGGCCAAGAUGGUUGGCUACCCAACAGCAAUCGCAGCCAAAAUGAUCAUGGAUGGUGAGAUUCUGCAGAAAGGCGUCGUCCUCCCCUUCUCUAAGGACAUCUAUCACCUGAUCCUGAACCGACUCAAGGCAGAGGAUAUCAGGGCAGCCUCACGGACUGUCCAUCACUGAGGUCCCUCGUGCAAUGCAGAUUCCCAGAGUCAAGAUAAGGGUUUAAAAUAGUGAAGAUUUUUCCAUAAAGUAACUGAGUGAAGUGAAUGAAGGACGUUUUAGGAACCAGCUUUCAAAAGACUGGAGACUCUUUAUGCAAUAAGGUGGAUAGGUUGUACAGUUUUCCAUGAAGGACCGUAAGUUUAUUGCAGGGUUGGCUUAAAGUCUGAAGGCUCAUUAAUCAGAAGGUUUGAUACUCAGCACACAUGUAUACCCAAGGAUUCAUUGAAGUAGGGUUCAUCAGUCCAAACAUUUGGUGUAGUGGAAGGUUCCAAGGAUCCUUUAAUCCAUUGAACCUUGUGACUGUCAAGACGAUUGGACCACCGAGUGUAACCAUUUUUUAUGCACUGUUAAGAGAUCAUGCAGCAUUCAGUGACUAGUACCAUUGGCAAUGGAGUGCAGAAUCUAGCACAGAAAAUUGAAGGGCUUUGCUGGAGGGCCCUGUCUUCAUGUAAGCGUUUUUAUAGCUGAAUGAUUGAUGCCGACAGCAAAUGUUUGCAUGCUAAACUGACUGGUUAACACACCUGAAAUGAAUUUGAAUUGUGAAGAUGUUUGAGGGUUUCAGGCCACCUUCCGACGUUCAUGUGAAUCGCAGUGUUCAAAACAUCUGAUAUGGUUUAUUCCCUGUGUUGUACCUGUGUCCUUUUUUGGUUCUCUGAGUGGAUUGUAAUAUGAGGUGUUACGGCUUGGUGACUGUCAUCCAAGCACCAACCUACUUUGACAGGAUGCAUUGGAUGAAUUGGAAUGCAGCUGUCAGGAUCGGCAUAUGCAAGAAAUGCUCCUUGCAUUUGCAAGACUCCAGUUCUAGUUUGAUUUUUCUGGUUGUUUCUCAGACUGCUGUCCUGCCAUUUUAAGGACAACUGUUUAAACUCUGUAUUCAGCUUUCUAUGUACCCAUUUCCAAAUUUUACUUUUUUACCACACUGGGCUUGGUUUUCACUUCGUGACAUAAAAUGUCAGUAUGCCAUUUGAACUUGGGAAAUGGCCUGAUUACAACAUUGGUCCACUGUGUUGCAAGAAAGGCCCCCGUCAGAAAAGCUUGGCAGUGGCUUGAAAUUACACUCAACUCUAGACUCCUAGAAAUUUAAAGAUGAGGCAGGUCACUGCAACCAAAAGGCAUGAAGGUGCGUGCCGCAAAAUAAUAAUCUUACUAGCACCUGUAGAUGUGUCUGAAGAAAAUGCAAAUGGUGGCAGGGCAAGUUUUUGGUCAUUUGAGUGGACGCAGUCGAAAAUUUCAGAAUUAUAACCACAGAUCAGUUCCACCAGUAUUUAAAGAGUUCAUGGUGGCCUUUUUUUCUGUAAGAGUGAUGAACCCUCAUCCCUUUUUACAUGCUUCAAAGAAAAUUUGAAAAACGUGUUUUAAACUAUAUUUUAAUACAGUUAUUUAUGAACAGGUUCAUAGGACCCUAUCAUACAAGCCUCACUUGGUUUUUUUUUUACCUGUUUAAUACUAACUGAAGACAUUCUGCUGCUCGAAGGCUGCAGACAUGCUGGCCCUACGGGAGCACUCCCUCUGCUGUUUGCAUCACUCUUGAGCUAGUGUGCGAUCGCUCAAAAUGACUCAAACUAUGUCAGACUGAUCAUGCAGGGGUCAGUAUGUUUGCUGCCAAGGAGCAUCUCAAAAGUCUCCCAUUAAUAUGUAUUGAAAUGUUGAAGUGUCGUACGGCAUUUGAUGGAAAGCCACUUCUUUGGACUAUUUUUAUCAAAGCUUUCUUAUUGUUUUGGUUCAUAACUUGAAACUGUACAUAUUUAAAGGGCCAUGAUGCAAAUUUUACUUUUACAUGUUUUGUGCAGCUUUCUGUUCCUCUUAACUUUGACAUCAAUUUUUCGUACAUUUAACUCUCCCUGAAAAGCACAGGUUUAUUACACGUUUAAACUUUUCCAUGCCUUUCCUGACAAUUGAGAGCACUGUGGCUGUGAUGUCAUCUCAGGAAGACACAGUUUAUAUGGGUGGAUUGUGUGCAAAUUGUGAAUUUAAAAUUUGCUUGUUGAAAAUACUUGUUAGAGGACUUUGCUUUACAUGCCAACUGUUGGGAACUAAAUUGACAAGUCAACAAAGUAACAAAAUUUGUGACAGCAAAAUAUCCAAACUUAGGACAACUUUUUGUUCGUACUUUUACUCAUAUAGAAAAAUGCUAUAUUGCAUGGGCCUUCUGUAGAUAUUUAAGAUGGUAAAUCAUGGGCAGCAUCAUUGCUGGUUGUCAAGGAACUGGUGUGCUGGUGUACUGGCACAGUCCUGGAGUAAAAAAAAUGGAAAACAUACCACCCCCACCCUUGCUGUCAAUAUAAUGCAUCAGUUUUGGUUUCCUGAAUAUGUUAAUGCUUUCUGAACGGUAGAUGUUCAACACAAUGUGUCUAUUUAUCACUUUGUGCAAUUGAUCCAAGCUUGUAUCUUCACCUACCAGUAACAUUGGUACAUUGCUGUGUCGUCAUUAAUUGCAAAUAACUAUGUUUUCUUUUGUCGAUCCCACUAAUGCUGAGCAAAUCAAAUACCAGAGAAAAUGGCACUGUGUUAGUAUUGCAGAGGAGGCUUGCCAUUUUGUUUCAUCUUGCAUUAAACAGGAAUGCUGCUUGACUUGUGAAAGAGGCAUUAUUUUUGUAGCAUAGAGAUUAUUUUUUCAGAAUACCAGAAAAUCAUUUGAAUGUGGAGUGAGUUGAUAUGAAGUAAUUUUGGCCGUAUGCAAUGUCAAGAUUACUCCUUCCAUUUGUACUCUUAAUGGGAGCCAAUUUCAUGAUGAUCACCAACGUUUGAUAAGUGCAGAAAAUAUCAGCUCAGCAGCAAUUGGCCUGGUUACCAGCCAAAACAACAGGCGAUGUGUACUACACCUAUCUGGUUUCCUGCUCACAUUUGCUUAGCACACACGUUGACUUAAUUCUUUUUACUGAAACAUCUCCGUGAAGUUGGCCGCAGGCUGGUGAGUGUAUAGUUUCACUGGCUGUCCCAUCGGGGUGUUUAAAACACAAUUCUUUUUAAAAACUGGAAUCCCCAAUCUGCACGUUAUUAAUUUUUUGAGGAUUUCAAGUGAAACAUGAAACAAGAAGAUGGGCUGGCAAUAAGUGUCAGAAUGAGGUUUUCAUUUUUGUAGUUCUUGACAGAGCAGUUUAUCUGGAGGGCCAGUUGAAGGUUUUGUUUCAGUUCUCUCUCAUUUGGGGGCAUUUAUCUACUUUUUCUGUAUCAAAACUUCGCCUUUUUGUAACUAAUUCACUCGGAGGGAGGAGCCGAUCGGUUUUUUCUCGCCAAGAGAUAAUAAAUUACAUGCCUGGUAAUAAUGUGGCAUAAUCUGGAUAAAAAUGACACUAACCCAAGAAAUGACUGGGAAAUAAUGUGUAGCUGGAAUUAAAAUCGGAUCGAUGGAGCUAUGUCAUUUAAGUUGAAAUACAAUUUGCUGCUCUGUUUUUUCGUUGUUUUUAAAUGAAAUAUGUAGGUAAGUUUGCCAGUAAUGUGUGAAAUAUUGAAUUAAAUGAUUCUCGGUUUUAGUACCGAAACCAUCAAUGUGAUCA